AUGUCUGAGGGCGAACUGCGGGUGUACUCGUGGGAGGAGAUCGCGAAGCACACGAAUGAUGACGACUGCUGGGUGGUGAUGUACGACAAAGUGCUGGAUGUGAGUAAGUGGCUGCAGGAGCACCCUGGCGGCCUCGACCCCAUCAAGGACAUGGCUGGCAUGGAUAUCACGAACAGCUUCGAGAGUAUUGGGCACUCGAGCACGGCGUUGGUGAAAAGUAAAAGCUUUAUCAUCGGCUGCGUGGACCCGGAGGAGUCGAAGAUGCGCAAGGAGGCCGCAAAGAAGGCGUCAGCCCCGGCCCCGAAGUGGUCGGAGACGAAGCGUGAAGAGCUGCGGCACUACAAGGGUGGCGAGGGUAUUAUCCCGCUGCCCAUCCUCGUCGGGGUGGUGGUGGCCAUCCUGGCCCUUCUCUUUUAUCUGUUGAAGUGA